AUGUCGAACAACUUGGAGAAUAAGACAGCUGUCCCAGAGGAGGAUGAUGAGCCAGAUGAUUGCGCAUCUUCAGCACCGGCUGCCACUGACAAAAUGAAUGACUGCUAUUUUGCGAAGAAGGAUUGGCGCGAAUGCAAGCAAGAGAUGGAAGCUUUCCGCGAGUGUUGGAAGCGUCAAGGCAACGAUCAGCGAACGGAGACCAAAGACGCUUAA